CCGCACUCCGUUUAAACCCCAAGACUGAAAAAAAUUUAUCCAAUAAAAUUUCUAGGGCUAGAAUUUGCUCUAUCUUCCGUCAAUUCCCAAACAAAGAAGCAAAAACAAAGCAAAGCGAUGGCGCCGCCUCCUGGACCUUACUCCGGCACCAGCACUCUCGCUCUCGUGGCUCGUGCAUCCGCUUUCUCUUUUGGACUCGUUUAUGGGAGCGUUAAGCUCAAGUACCUUAAGGCAACGGCAAAGUCUCAAAAGAAAGCUGAAGCAAAGUCUCACCACUGAAGCAGAGGCGUUUUGUUCAUAGUCGGUUGCACGUGUGUGUAAGUUUGGUGUAGGAAUAAUGCAUAUCACUGGGAAGGUACCAGUUUUUGACUUUGGCCUGCAGCUUUUGUGGACCACGACGAACCAUCUUUAAAAAAUUUUUGAGAGUUAUCAACUCGGCCCUUCAAGCAUUAUUUAUUUUUUCAGUUGGCAAUGGCACCAUGGAUGUUUAGUUUCUUUUCUGGAGUUAACAUGCAAGCUGCUGGAUUUGAUUGCAUUCUCCCCAUUCAAAGUAAUAAUUCAGUCACUUUUUGGCGCCAAAAAUUUGGUGCAUCUUUUAGAAUUUGUGCUAUAAAUCUUAACAUAGUCUUCAUCCUGCAUUAGUUCCUACUUGAAUCAUGCUAUUAAGUACUAACACCUACAAAAUGGACUUAUGCCAUUUGG